GCACAAUUUAGUCUCCAGUUUUCCCAGCUUGCAAUUUUCUCCAUUUCGGUCCAAUGCCGUCUCCCGCCCCUCAUGGCCGCGCCUUCGCCACCCUCCUCUCCAACCAUCCCAAGAAGAAGCCCUCCCCUCGCUCAAACCCUUUCAAAACCCUCAAUCCCCGCUCCAAAAUCUCACCUAAACCCGACCCCAAACCCCCGGAACUUGUCUACAUGCGCUCCACCAUCCACAAGAUCUCCUCCAUCCUCCGCUACUCCCCGUGGGAGGACGCCCAGACGGAGCUCCGUCGCCUUCCCGUCCGCUGGGACUCCUUCACCGUCAACCGCGUCCUCAAGACCCACCCUCCAAUGGAAAAGGCCUGGCUCUUCUUCAACUGGGCCGCCCGCCUCCCGGGCUUCAAGCACGACCAGUUCACAUACACCACCAUGCUCGACAUCUUCGGGGAGGCCGGGCGGAUGUCGUCGAUGUGGCAUGUGUUCGAUGAAAUGCGGGAGAAGGGAAUUGCGAUCGAUGCAGCUACUUACACGUCCUUGAUGCAUUGGUUGUCGAAAGAUGGCGACUUGGAGGGUGCCGUUCGGGCGUGGGACGAGAUGAUGCGGCAGCGGUGCCGCCCGACCAUCGUCUCCUACACGGCGCUUAUGAAGAUCCUGUUCGAUCAUGACAGGCCUAAGGAGGCUGCUGCGGUCUACAGGGAGAUACUCGAGGUUGGGCUGACGCCGAAUUGCCACACUUACACGGUUCUGAUGGAGUAUCUCGCUGGAGCUGGUAAAUUUAAAGCUGCUCUUGAAGUCAUGAGCAAAAUGCAAGAAGCAGGAGUUCAACCUGACAAAGCUACAUGCAAUAUUCUUGUCCAGAAAUGUUCUAAAGCUGGAGAGACUUCAGCUAUGACUCAAAUUCUCCGGUACAUGAAGGAGCACUCAAUUGUUCUCCGUCGUGCAGUAUAUUUGGAGGCACUAGAAGCUUUAAAAAUUAAUGGUGAGAGUGAUCAUCUCCUCCAAGAAGUAAAUCCUCAUCUAUCUUUUGAAGGCAUAGAAGAUGAUUUGGACUCUGAACCAAGUGGUCCUGAAAGUGCAUCUCUUAUUGAUAGGGGCAUUAUUCUUAAUCUUUUGGCAAGACAGAAUUUGAUUGCCGUAGAACUUAUACUCAGUGAGAUGACUAAUAAGGAUAUCAAAAUGGAUUCUGAACUGAUAUCUGCUGUUGUGCAAUCCAGCUGUGCAGAUUGUAGGCCAUCAUGUGCAGUAGCGGCAUUUAAUUACUGUUUAAAAAUGAGGAAAAAUCUUGAUAGAUCUGCAUACACCUCCCUGCUUGGUCUCUUCCUCAGAAUCAAUGCAUUUGAGAAGGUUUUAGGGAUUGUUGAAGAAAUGAUUAAAGCUGGUACUAGCUUUGGGACAUAUCUCGUUUCUCUCUUGAUAUAUAAGCUUGGUUGUGCUGGACUUUCUGCUUCUGCUACAAAGAUUUUUUAUUCAUUACCCAUGGACCAGAAUGUUGUGACUUGUACAGCUCUAAUGGAUGCUUAUUUUCGAGCUGGUGAAGUUGAUAAGAGUCUUGAGCUCUUUGCAGAUAUGAAGAGGAAAGGUAUUCAUAUUUCAUUUGGCACAUAUGAUGUUCUAAUAGUUGGUCUAGAAAGGGCUGGCAAAAUAAGUGAUGCAGUAGUUUACAGGAAAGAGAAGAGGAGAUUUCGGUGGCGUGAACAUCCUCAAGGAGUUUCAACAGAAGAGUGCUUGUGUAACUGUCUUUUUGGUGCAGAUUGAGGCUAGCAGACUCUGCAGCAUAAAAUAUUGUUGUUCUAAGCUGAAGUCUUCGGAUCCCCUUUGUAAAGGAGGUUUCAUGGUUGAAAUCUUCAAACAUUUUGUGCUUUGAUUUUGGGGUUUGUUGAAAGCAAUUUUUUGAGAAGGUUAAAAAAAGCCUCGAAAAGGUUGGAUCAAAUGAUGUGAGGAUUUUCUACAUCAUUUGUCUGUUAUCCAGAAUCAUAACUGGUCUAGGAAUGGCAGAGGGAACUUGUAACCAAAUCACAGGUAAGAGCGCAAUUGUGAUCUGGUGACAAGAUAAAGUAGUUCUGUAACCAUGUUCUUGGUGGGAUUGAGCCUUGCAAACCAUUCAUUUUGUCAGCAGAACAGUGAAUUAAGUUCAAUUCUGUUAAUUCUUAAAGUCAUGAUUGCAUGAAUGGUGUAUGCAUGUGUGUGGAGGAUGCUUUAUUUAAUUUAGUCAAAGGAUAGUGAUUUGAAGGCAAAAUAUUGAAGAAGCACAGAAUACAGAAUUGAACGCUUACUACUCAAGGCUUCUGAAAGCACAACUAUUGCAUGAAGAAUAUCUGUACCCUAUUAUUUACAACAUUAUAAAUCUCAGCACCAAGUGGAUGUCAUGUAAAACUGAGAGUAAACUGGAGAAUUUGAAUUAGCAUUGAGUUUCUUGGGGGAAGGGGAAGAAUGAGGUACUUGCUGAACAUUCUUUGCCAAAGUCACCCCUUCCCCACCAUUCUGACCUAUUAAUGGAUUUGACUGAUGCUGAAGGUAGCUUGCUUACCAAGCCACCCAGUGGAGGUGUUUAUAUUUGGAAGGUGCAGAUUGCAAUUUAAGAACAAUAGAUUCUUCUCACUGAUAGGUCACCAAACUCUGUAAAGUAUUACUGAUUGGAGAUUUUUGUUGUUGCAUUGUUUAUUACAAAAAACAUGUACAUGCAGGUACACACUAAAAAGUAAUGAUAGCAUUAAUUUUAAGAAGA